AUGGCACAAAGCAAAAUAGUCGACAGUGACGAGCGCCGACCGAAUAAUUCUGACUUCGAACGUGAAGAAGUUUAUGCUACUGCGUUUAUGGCGUCUGUUGAGAGCGUGGAGUCUACAGACAAAAAUUGUUGUCCAUGGGUUAUCGACUCGGGUGCAUCAAGUCAUAUGACGACAGAAAAGCACGUUUUGGUGAAUUUUCAGGAAUUUGCCGAGCCUGAAAAUGUCGCGCUGGGUGAUGGUUGUGUUGUGAAAGCGUUGGGAUCUGGGAACGUACGAAUGAACAUGCUAUUUCAAGCAACCGAAUCCAAGAAAGCAGUUUUAUAUGAUGUCCUGUACGUGCCUAAACUCACUUGCAACCUGUUUUCUGUAAGAGUUGUAGUUUCUAAGGGCAACGCUCUAGAGUUUGGUCCCCAAAAAUGUUGUAUUUGGGAUGGAAAUGGAAAGCUUCGUGGAAUGGGAUCACUGGUUGAUAAACUCUUUCAACUAGACUGUCAAGUUGCAAUCACUACGGACACUGUGCACGUCUCAGCUGAGUCAUCUCCGGGUAGCGACUUAUGGCGUCAACGUCUUGGACACGUACACGAGCUAUGCCUCAAGAAAUGUGUGGAGAGUGAAUCCGUACGAGGGAUUAACAUCAAGAAAAUGACUGAACUGUCCUUCUGCGAAGGAUGUUUGGCAGGAAAGAUGUGA